GAAAUUGGAAACGUGAAAAAUAAAAUUCAAUUUUAUUACUGCGAUCUGAUAUUUAAUUAUUAAUUGAUUAGUUCAAGUGGCUUGCAUGUGGCAGGAGCAUGUAACAGGAAUACAAAUCAUAUAACAUGAAUAUGUUAAGUUAACAUCCACAUUACAUAUUAAAUCCUCUUUGCGCAAAAGUACAAAUCGAUGCGUCGUCGGAAAUUUAGUGGCACUUAAAUUCGGUUAAAAAUGUUAUAAACAACGGUAUACUAUGCGAGCAUACGAUGAGACACAUCAUAUUAUGCCAUAUAAGUUAUUGAGAUUGCAUACGGAAAAAUGGAAGCAAUAUCCAAGAUCUCCUUGAUAUUUGCUGCAUUGCUAAUUUAUAGUGUUGCAGUCGAAGGUGGUUGCAUUUCCGCCUACAGCGAGCGGACAACAACAUUUCAACCACAACAGAGCAAAGGAUCACCAACAACAACAUCAACAACAACGACGACACGCACAUGGCAGGAGCACGAAUUCUCGCUGUUGGGCUACAAAUUCCAUUUGCCAUUCGUGGGCCAUGCAGUGGACCUGGAUGUGGAUGAUAGUGACAGUGGGCUGGACGAUAGCUGGUUGCUGGAUAAAACCGGAACACAACAGCAGUACACCAGCCAAGAGCAAGAUGUGGACCAUGAGCUGGAUGACAUUGGCCAAAUCGAUGCAGCUAGCAAUGUGCUAAAGUUGCGCUGUCAAAAUGUCAGCAUUGCUGCCAUAAAUGCUGAAUUGUUGCGCCAGCGUGACAUCAACUAUGAGCAUCUCUCGCUGCUCCACGUUGAAGACACUUCCAGCAGCAGCACUUUCCUUCAGCUGCAGCAAUACGAGAGCAUGCGUCAGUUCAAGUGGAUCGAUAGUCAUCUGCAGGAUGCGACACUGCAGCGUCUCUUUGCCCAGCAGACACAACGUUUCGAGUCUGUGGAGACGCUCGAUUUUAGCGAGAAUGAAGUGAGCUGCAUAUUGUGGGCUCAGCCACAGGCGAUGCGUCGCCUCAAAGUGCUGCGGCUCAGUGGCAAUCGUCUGGCAAACAAUUGCGUUCUGGCCGAGCUCCAGUACAUGAAUCAUCUGCUUGAACUGCACAUGGAUCGCAAUGCACUCCAAGCGUUGCCCGCUCACUUUCUGCAUCAGCUGAGCGAGCUGAGGCUGCUUAAUCUCAGCCACAAUGCAUUGAGCGAGUUGCCGCGCAAUACCUUUGAGGGCGCCUUGAAGCUGGAGUGGCUGCAUUUGUCGCACAAUCGACUGAGCAUCUUGCCCUUUCAGUUGUUCCAAACGGCACGCGAUCUACGUUUGCUCGACCUGAGCAACAAUCGUCUGCUCUCCUUUCCCGACAACUUUUUCGCACCAAACAGUCAGCUGCGUAAUUUGCAGCUGCAGCGCAAUCAACUGCAAUCGAUUGGCAAGCAUAGUUUGUACAAUCUGCGAGAGUUGCGGCAUUUGGAUUUGUCACAGAAUGAACUGGGCAGCAUUGAUCGCAAGGCGUUCGAGUCUCUGGAAAAUCUGCUAGUGCUCAAUGUGUCCAGCAACAAGCUAACGCUGCUGUCCUCUAUCAUCUUCCAGCCACUGCAUAUGCUGCGUCAAUUGGAUCUCAGUCGCAAUCACUUCAAGCAACUGCCCAGCGGUCUGUUUCAGACCCAGCGUAAACUGAUCUUGCUGCGCAUCGAUGGGACGCCGCUGGAGCAGCUGCCCAACUGGAUAUCACGCAACGAGGAGCACGUGGAUGCGCAGAUCCUGCAGCGAUUGCGCUAUCUUUCCAUGCAGGGGAACACAAAGCUCACCGAGCUGCCACCCACAAUGUUUGCAAACGCACGCAAUUUGCGUGAACUAGUGUUGGCCGACAACAGUCUCCUCAAGCUGCCAGCGCUGAUUGGCAGCCUGUCGCGUCUGCAGCGACUCAAUGUGCGUGGAAAUCGCCUAGCCACGCUACCCGAGAGUGUCAAGGAGCUGCGUCAGCUGCACUAUUUAAAUAUACUGGGCAAUGAGUAUCAAUGCGAUUGCUCCAUGUAUUGGCUAUCGGGCUGGUUGAACAAUUCGAGCACCUCAUUGCAUCGCCAGCCGCCAGCGAACAGUGUGAGCUUGGACUCGUCUGAGAACAUAGAUAAUCAGAUCGAUGCGCUCAAGUGCCAGUAUGGUUAUCCGGGGGAUGCCUUGCGUGUGCUCAGUAAUCUCAACUGCAGCGUGCCCGUUGUGGUGCAAUCCUCCGAGCCCAAAAUGCAUCGACUACAUGCCACGGCCAAACUAGAGUGCAUGGUCUAUGGCAGUCCCACGCCGGACAUUAUCUGGGUGACGCCAAGGCACAAGAUAUUGCGGCAUCAUGCAGACCCAGAUAAGAGGCCCAUCAUCAUCAACAGUGACAAGGAGCACCAGCCCAGCAAGUUUGAGCUCUUUGCUCUCACGGAUGAAACAAAUCCACAGGCACUGAAUAUAAACAUAAGCAGGCAAAAGAGCAUUGUGGGACAACGCGUGGUGCUCAUCGAGAAUGGUUCGCUGCUGGUGCACAAUAUCUCACGGGGCGACAGCGGACUCUACACCUGCUACGCCUUCAAUGUGAUGGGCAAUGCCUCGGCGGGCAUCAGGCUUUACAUCGAUCCCAUUGUGUUUUAUCGCGUCAAGAUUGAGAGUCUGCUGGCGGGCACAGCGCUAGCCACAGCUUUUCUGCUGCUCACGCUGAUGGUGCAAGGAUUGCGCAGCUGCUUAACCAAACUGGGCGUCUGUGAGCGUCUCUCAUGCUGUGCGAAUCGCAACAAGAAGUCUCCACGUUCGCGACAGAUUUACGCUAUGCUCGACAGUAUCGAAAGCUACAAGAGCCAGCAGCUGGAACGUCUGCGCGAGAAUUAUGCUCAGCAAGUGCAUCGCAUAAGGGAGAAUUGUGCGCUGCAGGUUGAGUGGAUACAGAGCAGCUACACCACACAGGCCAAGCACAUUAAGGAGUUCCGUGACAUGGGCUCCAAUCAUUUGACGGCACUCAAGGAUCAAUACUACGAUCAGGUGAAGAAGGUGCGCGAUUAUUCCACCGGCCAAUUGAGCUGGGUGCGCGAGAACUAUGUCUUCCAGCGUAACAAGAUCAGGAAGUUCAGUGCCCAUCAGGUGCUGCGUCUUCGCGAGGGUUACAAGUACCAGCAACAGUCGCUCAAUAAGGUUCUGGAGAAUCUACCCAGCUUCUACUUUGAGAACUGUCGCGGUCGUUGCGAGGAGGACAUUGUAGAGGUAGAUAUAGACUGCUACUUCAAGGGCCAAAUGGAGAAGGAGCUGCACAUACAGAAGAUCAAGUCGUGUCUGAUGGCCGCCAACAAUUCGGCCAGCAAAACUUCCGUCUACUACACGCCACCAGAUGACAAUGCACUGCACAGUUCGCAUUUGCACCUGCAAACCACACCCAUUCACAUCAACUACAUUGAUGAGAAUCUGGAUCGUCAGAAGUUCGAGCUAAACGACUUUAAAAUGGAUCCGCAACUGCUGCUUUUCAACUCAUCGAGAUUAUACGUAAACCCCGAGGGGGCCAGCAGUAGUCAGCAGGCAGCUGCAGCUAUGGCGGCCGCAUCGUUGUUAGCUUGCAGCAUUGAGGAUAACAAUCAAAGUGUGCAACAACUGAUGGCUGCACAAGAUGCCAGCGGCAACAGCCACCACCCCCUGGAGAUGAAUGAACUGAAGGACUCGAACGAUGUGAAAAAUUCGAAAUCGUGUCCUGCUAUUUAUAAGGUAUCCAAGCAGCGAGAUGGCAGCACGCUGCAUGAGUUUCUCACCACGGAUGGCGGUGAUAUGAUGCGUCUCAAUCCCGUGGAUGAAACGUCGCUCACGAGCAAGGAACUGCAGCUGCCCAAGGAGAAGCUAAACAUCAUAGUGGAUGAUUGCGGCAAAGCCUCGCUGCAACAGUUGGAGCCGGAGACGGAUUUAUCAUUUGACUCCAACAGUGAUAAUGACACGCUGUCUAGUACUGAAUCCAACUCCAACUAUAAGUCGGCCAAUGCUACAAUCUCUGCAAAAAAAACUUAGAUUUUUUUUUAAUAAUUAAAAGUAAAAACAAUUCAUUUUGCAAGGAAAGAGAAAAAUCAUUACGAAGAGAAAUGACACUAAACUACAAUAAAUUGAUCCAAGUUAAUGUUAUUUGUAAAAUGAAAAGGCAUCAAAACAAUAAUUACGUUUAGAAUUAAUUAGUGAAACUUAAUGAAUUCAAAUGCUGAAUAUCAAAUGAAAAAAGUGCAUCAACAAAAAAAAAAGAAUGAAAAAAGUCAUACGAUUUAAAUAGUAGAAAAAAACAUAAGAAAUUGAAAUUGAAAAAGGUAUCAUUAACUAUGUCAAUAAUACUUGAAAAGCCCCUAUUUGUGAUUUCAUCUAUAACGUGAAGCGAUUUAUUUAUAGAGACCGCAUCAAAUCUACAUAUACAUAUAGUCAGGCAUAUUUUAAAAAGGACAAACAAAUUUUAUUCAAAUUCUAAAAACGCAAAUAAAGCAACAAAAAAAAAGUAAUUGUAUAAUUCAAAAGAAAGUGUGGUUAAAUGCCAAAACAAGUAUUGUGCGCUCAUUUAUUUAAGUCUCUAUAUGACCAAUUGUUAGCUAUAAUUAGUGUAUUUAGACAUUCGGACACUCGGGCUGCUUAAGAACCUCAAUAGCACACGGGCUUCCAUCGAUUUUGCAUGGUUCCGAUUCGGUCUCCACCUCACUUAACUCGUAAUCGCAUUCGCAUGGGAAGCAUUCCAUCUCGCCCUCGAGCUCGUCCUCACCUUCCUCGCCCUCGCCAUAGAAACUCACCUGUUCGUGGCUAACAACACUUGGCUCGGUGGUUAUCGAGCAGACAGAUAGUUCGGAGUCGGAGAUGGGUAUUGGCACUGGCUCCUGUGGCAGCAGCGAAUAAUCGUAGACAGCAAUCUCCUGUGCAAUCCAUAUAGUUGGUUUCAUUUCAACCACUUCACCUUCACCCUCGAGCUCAAGAUUCGUCUCCUCCUCGCCCUCGCCCUCCUCAGACGGCUGCGCGGCACGGAAAUUGUAA